CAGCCAUCCAGUCAGAAGCCAAACGUCCUCGUGUCUAACAGCUUCCACAGCGAUCUCACCAGCGGUAUAAUCUGGUCGACAUGAUGAGGACGGUUCCUGUGGCCUCAGCGCUCCUGACAGCCAUAGUGGUCGUUACUGUGGUUUUCUUCAACCGUCCAGUUGUGCGAGACGACCACAGGAAUAGAAAAGACAACUAUUCUGCUCUCCAGAAACAAAUGGAGGAGCUUCAGGUGGGUCACCAGAGGGCGACUGUGCUGCUCAACAAGCUCCUGUGUCAGGCAAACCAGGUGCUGCCAUCAGGCGGUUUCUGUCUUCAUAACAACAAAUUAGUGGUUGGUGGUAACCACAUGUGGAGUGGCCAGCUGUGCGCGGGCUUGGAGCAGCUCUUCGGCAACACCACCGUGGCCGACCUCGGGGCGGGCCUGGGCCACUACGGCAGGUGCUUCCUCCGCAGGUCAGAGGGCAUACUGAACCACCCCAACAAGGUGGAGAUUGAAAAUAUCAACAAAGAUUACACGAAUUUAAUGAAGCAUGCAGGACUCUCCGGUACCCCACAAGUCAUCAAUUCAUGGAACGGAUGGGAUGGAGCGGCGAACAUCGAUGAGUUCACCAACGGGAGGAUAGCGUCAGCGGACCUCUCCAGCCCCGCGACCCUCGGGGGUCCCUUCGACUGGGUGAUGAGCCUGGAGGUGGGAGAACACAUCCCAGAGUCCGGCGAGAAGAACUUCCUGGACAACCUGGUCAAGCACGCCUGCGUGGGAGUGGUGUUGUCGUGGGCGGUGCCGGGGCAAGGGGGACACUCCCACGUCAACUGCCGCUCCAACGACUACGUCAGGAAGGAGAUGGCCGCCCGGGGACUGGAGUCGGAUAAGCUCGCAGAGGUGAAGCUGCGGAAAAACGUCGACCAACUCACCUACUUCAUGAACACCCUCAUGGUCUUCAGGUACCCCAAGAAGAGGUGCUGAGGCCCGUUCCGUCUCCUCCAACUCCUUCGAAUCUAAUAUAUUUGUAUGCGAAAAUAAGUGCCCAGACACCUGGCUUAUCAACUCUACUGAACUUCGAAGGGUGAAAAGGCCUCAGUAAUAUUCCGUUUGACUGAAGUUUGACUACUCCUCCAAGGUUCCAUACUGUCCUUUUAAAUGUAAAAAAAGUUCAAUAAGGCUACUCAACUAGCCUUUCAAGCUACCGAGGACAAACUAACAAUUUAAAACUAAAUAAACAAAAAAAUCUCAAAACUACUUAUAAACUGUCCUUACUGUCCUAACAGUUAUGACCUGAAGUGACCUAAAAUGUUAUGCAUCAGCCCAGUCAACACGUUUAUGGUAAAUAGGUAAACUUAGUUUACAAUAGCCGCUGAAGAUUAACAAUUCCACCUUCUCAUUUGCCAAAUUUGCAUCAACAUAUAAUCGGAUCCUACAAAUGUCAUGGAAAUUCAAUUACGAUAAUUACAAAUUGGCAAAUACUUUCAGAGGUUU